AUGACUGUCCUGAGGCAGCUGCCCCACGGCAUCUCUUGCAGAGUAAUUGACAAGAAGAGCGCUCUCGGUCUCCCGUCCGAGGCCACAAAUCCCGCCCAGGUUGGCAAGAAGAAAGCAGCUCGUGGUCGCCCCGCAUCCCCGGCACUUCGCGGCUCCGAGACCUCGCUCACCCGGCUCCGCGGCCCGCGUGCUCCCACGUCUCCCGGGGGCUGUGUGUUCCCGGCCCCGCGAGCCUGCCCGGAGCGCGGUCCCCCGAGCGCGGCGACCUCGGCGCGGGCGCCUCUCUGCAGCCGCGGCGGGUUCCGCUGCCCGCGACGCCGCUCGGGACGCGGCCGGCCGAGCUCUGGCGAGCCGGGGCCGCGGGACCUAGGGGAGAGAUUCCACAGAAGGCUGACGGCUUCAAACCGGAAACCGCGGCGAGGGAGUUUUCGCAACUUCUCUGGCGCUUGCAAACACCGACCGUCACAACCUGCGAAGGCAGCGUCGGGUGGACCCGGCAGGCGAGGACCGCGCCCCACCCAUCGCAGGCGUUCCACCCCGCACACUGAUGGUCACUCUCUCUGCCUCAAGCUCACUGUCAAAUCUCAGUCCAGACCUGGGCAACCCUGGUGUGAAGUCCAGGGCUCAGUGGACACAAAGCCUUUCCUCCGGUAUGACAGUGACAGCAACAAGGUCAAAGCUUUGGGUCUCCUGGGGGAGGAGGUAAAUGCCACAAAAGCAUGGACAGAAUUGAGCGAAAUGCUGCGAGAAGUGUGUCAAGAGCUCAGGAUGGUCCUGCCUGUCAUGAAACUGGAGCAAAAGGAGCCCGGGGGUCCUCCCACCCUGCAGGUCAAGCUGUGUUGUCAGCGUGAGGCCGAGCGACGCACUGGUGCAUCUUUGCACUUCAACCUCAGUGGACAGCCAGCCCUCGUCCUUGAUGCGAUGAGCAUGAACUGGACAGUCCUCAAUCCUGGAGCCACAGGGAUCAAGGAGGCGUGGGAGAACAACCAGGAACUGGCCGCGUAUUUCAGCAAGAUCUCAAUGGGAGACUGCGGUCACUGGUUUAGGGAAUUCCUUGAACACUGGGAGAACAUGCUGGAACCAGAGCCCACAGAACCACUAAUAAAGGCCCUAGAUAAUGACCAGUCUGCAUCCAUCCCAUCAAUUGCAUGGAUCAUCCCAUUGAUCUUCAGCUGCUUAGUCCUAACUGGCUUCAUCAUCAUGAAACUUAGCGAGAAAUCAGGGACCACAGCAGGUGAGAAGCAAGCUGGCCUCUGGCUCCCAGGCAGGGCAUGUUCUGGUAAGGACUUAAGAAAGGCCUGUCGCUUUAAUCAGCUGGAAUGUCUGCCAGCUCAGCUGAGCUCCUUACAAGGAGUGGUGUGAUGUGGUUGGACAUCUGAAGAGAACUGGAGCCAGUCCGAACAGAAAGCAACACACAACGUGUGUGUCACUUGGUAUCUCAAAGCCGAGACAACAUGUUUACGUUUAUGCUAACAUGACUCAUACCUCACUGUGUGUUGCUUCCGAUCGAUUUUCAGCUUACCCAGGUCACAAAUUACUUUCUGACCUGGGUAAGUUGGCAGCCUCACUUAACCUCAGUUUCCUCCUCAGUCACUCAGGAAGAGAGUUAAGCCUCACUUAAGCUCUGUUUCCUCCUCACUCAGUCACUCAGGAAGAGAAUCAGAACCACUCUGCUAAGGAGUAAGGAAAAUGUGAGAUCACGCUGGCAAAGCACUUGGUACCCAGAAGAUGCUUAACAAAUAUCAGUUCUCCUCAUUGAUUGGGGAAGGCUCCUGUUACUUUUAAAAUCUCCUUGAACCCCAGAGAGAAACCCUCUACUCCCUCUUCUGACUAGAGAACCCCAAAUCUCUCCCUUUACCGAAAUUCUGAUUUCCUUUCCUUCACUAUUUUUUUUUCUUUAUUCACCUUGAUGCUUUUUUUUCUUGGGAGACUUGAAAUACAUUAUUAUAAAUAUCAAAUUUUAAAAUACUAAACAUACAUGUGGUAACACAAUGUACUCUUUCUUUGUACUAAUAAUAGCUUAUAGUUUAUUUUAUUUUUUAAUUAAAAAUUGUUAUUGAAGUGUAGUUGAUUUCCAAUGUUUUGUUAGUUUCAGGUGUACAGCAAAGUGACUCAGUAAUGUAUUAUACAUAUGUAUAUAUACUAUAUAGGUUAUUAUAAAAUAUUAAGUAUGGGUUCCUGAGAUAUACAAUAGGUUCUUGUUAUCUAUUUUAUAUAUAGUAGGAUGUAUAUGUAGUAGCUUAUAUUUUAAAUGGAAACUCUGAGCUCUACUUAAAAGAGACAUGGAAUUUGUUUUUGUUUUUUUUUUUUGGUUGUGUCACAUGGCUUGCGGGAUCUCAGUUACCCAUCCAGAGUUUGAACCUGGGCCAUGGCAGUGAAAGCUCAGGAUCCAAACCACUAGGCAACGAGGGAACUCUGGAAGUAUUUUUUUUAUUGAAGUAUAGUUGAUUUACAAUAUUGUGUUAGUUUUGGAUGUACAGCAAAGUGAUUCAGUUAAAAAAUAUAUAUAUAAUAAACUAUAAUGCAAAAUAAUCUGGAAAACUAUAUAUAUAUACACAUUAUACGAGGGUGAAUCAAAAAUAUCCAGGUCAUAUUAAUACUUCUGUUGGCCUCACUGUCUUAUCAGCACUUUCUGUUCAAGGCUGCUGUCUCUCCAGUUGCUGCUGUGCAUGUGCGAAUGUGUUACAUCAGUUCAUUUGUAAUUGUGGUGCAAGCAAAAAUGGAUGCCCCACUUGUGAUUUGCACAAAAAAAGAGUAGCAUGCAGUGAUUCGUUUUCUGUGGUCUGAGGGUGUGCCUGGUGCUGUUAUUUAUCGAAGACUUUGUGUGCAGUAUGGAGAAAGUGUUUUGUCAAGAAACAGUGUGUAUGAAUGGAUAGAGAAGUUCCAGGAAGGUCACAGAAGUGUUAGCCAUCAAGAAGGAGCUGGACACCCAUCUACGUCCACAGAUUAAAUGCAGAGGACUGCUGUCCAAGGGCGUUGUGAUCUUGCAUGUUAAUGCGUGUCCGCACACUUCUGCCCACACUGUUGACACUCUGCAAAAACUUCGUUUUGAGAUGUUAAAGCAUCCUCCCUAUAGUCCUGAUCUUGCUCCAUCAGACUUUCACCUGUUUGGUCCCCUGAGAGCAGCCCUAUGAGGACCAAGAUUCACUUCUGAGGAAGUGAAGACAGCAGUGCAUUCACGGCUCGCAGUUCAGCCUAAAACAUUUUUUAAUGAGGAAAUACGAAAGCUUGUUGAUGGACAAAGUAUAUUGAAAAGCAAGGAGAUUAUGUCAAAAAAUGGUGUAUUUGUCUUUUCUAAAAAUUAAUUAAAAUAAAUUCUAUAGCCAGAGUGCGGAUAAUUUUUGACUCAUCCUCGUAAUUUCAACAAUUUCAAAAAAUUUUCAAAAUUGCCCAAAUACUAUAAAAUGUGAUUCCUUCGUUUGGCAGAGUAUGAAGGCUCUUUAGUCAGCAGAAGUAAAAACUGGUCCUGGAGCCUAUUUGGGCAAGGAGUAUGAAAAACCUUAAAAAUGUCCAAUCCUAAUCUACAGACUAUAAGGUAAUAAAUUUCUGUUAUUUUGAGCCACUACGCUUGUGGUAAUUUGUUACAACUACAGUAGAAAACUAGACAGACAUUAUCGAAGGUGCU